AUGGCAGGCCCCUCAUCAUGCACCGACGCCGGAGAUGGUGGUCGUGCAGUGGAUGAAAAUGGGGCCGUUGAUGAUGAAGAAGCGCCUCUUUUAACAACAGCAGAGUGUCGUAUUUGCCAAGAAGAAGAUUCAGUUGAUACCUUAGAGACACCAUGUGCUUGCAAUGGCAGUCUUAAGUAUGCUCACAGGAAAUGCGUUCAACAUUGGUGCAAUGAAAAGGGUGACAUCACAUGUGAAAUAUGCAAUCAAGCUUACCAACCCGGGUAUACAGCUCCGCCUCCCUGCCCUCGUUUGGAAGAGACUACUAUAGAUAUCGGAGGAGGAUGGCAAAUAUCAGGGACACCUAUGGACUUAAAUGACCCACGUCUCCUUGCAAUUGCUGAAGCUGAACGCCAAUAUCUUGAAGCUGAAUAUGAAGAUUAUAAUGCAUCAAAUGCCAGUGGAGCUGCAUUUUGUCGUUCAGCUGUUCUAAUUUUGAUGGCUCUUCUGCUACUAAGGCAUGCAUUCACAGUGCCGGAAUCUGAAGGGGAUGGAGAUGAAGAUGCAGCUACUUUCUUGACUCUUUUCACGCUUCGGGUUGCUGGAUUUCUUCUGCCGUGCUACAUCAUGGCCUGGGCCAUUAGCAUCUUGCAUCGUAGAAGGCAAAGACAGGAGGCUGCAGCAUUGUCGGCAUCACAGUUUGCUUUUGUAUGGCAAGCAGGACAAAGGCGGGGCCUACACUUUGCAAUUGCCUCAGCGCCACCACCAGCAGCCGCUGCCACUCCCGCUGUGGCUCCACAGGAGGACAUUGUUUGAUCAUUAAUUUAAUUACUACCAAAAAGCCAAUCGGGGGGAAGUAAUAUACUACUCCAAAUAACACAUUGUUGUAACAGUUUGUUUUACUACUC